AUGUCUAUGGAAAUGGAUGUGGAUGAAGCUGACAUACUGGUCCUUUCACAGGGCCUAGAAAAAUCAAGUAGAUUAACUUUUGAAAUCAAUAAAUCCCUUAGGAAAAUUGGAAAGACUUCUAACCAGUCUAGCAAUCUGUUUACCCCAAUCUUAUCAAGAAAUAACAUGCUAGUGACCUUACAAAGAAAUAUUGAAAGUGUCUUGAACUCUGUUGCUUCCGUGAAAGAUUUGGCUAACGAAGCUUCCAAAUAUGAAACUAUCUUAACUAAGGGUAUCAAUGAGAUUGGAUUAAAACAAUACAUUCAAGUCAUUCAUAAAUUGGAUGAUAUGCUAGAUGAUAUUAGAACCGGUGGAAACGAAAAAAAUGCUGAGUUUCAUGGUAUCCUGUCCCAUUUAAGCGAUCUGAUCAAGAAUAGUGAAGCUCAACUAAGAUUAUAUUUCGUAUCUAUCUUAAACCUUAUAAAACCAUUUGAUCCUCAAAUUUGUAUCAAUUCUAAGACUCCAUUUCCUUAUUACCAGGAUGAGCAAUUGAACGAAUUAACCUAUAUUCUGGAUUAUUUCCUCAAUAACACAGAAGAUUCAGAUAUACAGGACGCCUUCAUACAAGAAAGGAGUGAUCUCAUAUUAAAAUGUAUGGCAUUUCUAGAACCUUUUGCCAAACAAAUCACAACAUCAAAGAACGCACCUUAUGAAAAGGGAAGUAGUGGUAUGAUAAGUUAUACGGAAGCCCUAUUGGGAUUCAUGGCCAAUGAAAAAUCAUUGGUAGAUGAUUUAUACUCUCAGUACCCAUCCUAUAAGCCAAUAAUCAUGAAGAAUAUAUUAACACCGUUAUUGAAUGCAUAUACAAAAUUAUUUAACACAAACUUAAAAUUGGUACGAAAUAACCUGGAAAAUAUUGGGAUCUUUAGUUUCGAAUUAGUGGAAAAUAUACAUUAUGUGCUAAAAGCACUUCGAAUGAGUCCAGUUUUACAAAACUAUGAACCAUUGAUUGAGUGUGCGUCUCAAGUAAGAAAAUUAACUCAAUCAUUAUUCAAAGAUGCUAUUGAUAGAAUAUAUACGAAAGUGGAUCAGCUGUCUGUAAUUCCAACAGAUAAUGGUGUCACUGAACCUGCUGUGGAUACAAUGUCAAGAUUAAGGAAAUUCAGCGAAUAUAAAACCGGUUGUAUAGGAGCUAUGGAAAAUAUGUCCCGAGAGAAUUGGCUUCCUGGCAGUUAUAGGGAGAAAGAGUACACUUUUUCAGGUCAUUUGAAUUCGAACGAUCAAAGCGCUUUAUUAGGCUGUUUCAUAAGUGAUUGUAUUGAUACUUUAGUGAUAUGUCUUGAAAAAAGAGCUCAAAGAAUUUUGAUGCCUGGUCAGGAACCAGAUGUUGCCAAUCCCAACAGCAGCAGAAAUAAGGAAAAACAAAGGAUUGGUGUUUUCAUUUUGACCAAUAUAAUACUUGUAGAAGAAAUUAUUGAAAAAUCGGAAUUAAAUUCUCUAUUAGGUGCCGAAGGUCAUCAACGUCUGGACAAACUGAAGAAGAGAUAUGUCAGCUACUUGGUCUCUGAUUGGAGGAAUUUGACCGCUAUUUUGAUGGAUACUGUUGUCAUUGAUAGUGCUGGAAAGAAAUCAAAAGAUAAAGAACAGAUCAAGGAAAAAUUCAGAAAGUUCAAUGAAGGUUUUGAAGAAUUAGUAACUAAGACCAAACAAUAUAGAUUAUCAGAUCAAUCCUUGAAAAAGACAUUAAAAUCAGAAAUUAUUUCACUCAUUAUGCCAAUGUAUGAAAGAUUUUAUAGUAGAUAUCAAAAUACUUUCAAGAAUCCCAGAAAGCAUAUCAAGUAUACUCCAGAUGAAUUGAUGACAGUGAUAAAUCAACUAAUUAGGUAG